AUGUCUGCUAUGUGAGGAAAAGCAAAUUUAGACGCACAUGAAAUUUUAUCAAAGCAAGUACGGCUUGAGCAAUUUAGAAAUUUUUUUUAUAACCUAUUUGAAAAUCUUAUAAAUCAAAAAUACAAGCCUAAAAAUCUACUGAAAAGCCAAGUAGCUUAUGAAAUAGCGACGAAUACGAUUUUAACCUUACAAUUAAUUAAAUUGACUUGAUAUCCAAAUGCCAAUAUAUCAGAAUGAGAAGGCUAUGAGAAUAUAUGAAAAUUUUUAGGGUAUGCUAGCUAUGACUCAAUUUGUGCUGAAUUAGGGUUAAUUGAUUACUGUUUGAAUGGAACUUUAACUUUAAUAGCAACAGAAUUUGCAAUUUUACUAAUUCUUGGUUGCCUCUACCAUAAAAAUAAAAAGCCUCAAUAUUUUUUGACAUUUUUACCUAAAGCUCUCCUAUUUAUUUUUGUAACAAUUGGAAUAAUUCCAAGCUCUAAGCUUAUAAUGAUAGGGUUGAAAUAUUACGUAAAUAAAUCAAACUAUAUAGAAGAAUAUGGAAUUAGAAUACAAGAUAAUAAAUUUAGCUCCCCAACCGUAAUUAUUUCAAUAUUUUUGAUUUUUAUUUUUAUAAUCAUUUUGAUUUUUUCAGAAUUGUUUUUAUGCGAUAUGAAGCAUUCUCAUCUAAAAAAGAAUAUAAGAUCAAGGUCAUCAUCAAAAUUAGAUUUGCAGGUUAAACUUUUUUAUAUUAUUUUAUGUAUUUUAUAUAUUUCUUUUGGAAAUGAAAAUAUUAUUCAAUAUCAAAGUUUAGUAUUUAUUCUGUCUUUAUAUUUGGCUUUAAAAUCUAUUAAAUCUCUUCCCUUAGUGAGCAAACAAAAAAUUUUGCUCGCUUAUGGAGGGAUUCAUUUUUUUUAAAUCUAUCUUUUUGUAAAUUUAAAAAAUAAAAACCGCAAAAAAUGGGAAAGAAAAGUUAAUUUAAAAUCUAAAAUUUAUGUUUUAAAUGCAGGCUAAGAAUUAGCUAGAGAUUUCACUAUACUAAUUUAUAUAUAUAAAAAAUAUUAUUUUAUAAAACAAUUUUUAUUAAUAAAAUAUUUUGUUCUUCUUACCUUAAAAAUAAGGAUUUUUCCAAUGGUUUUGCUCUCUCGUGAUAAGGGAGAAAGUGGUCCAAUACUACAAUUCAAUUGAAAAUUGAAUCCAGUCUUGCAAAUUGAUGAUGUUUUCGACAACUUUAUUAAUUUUUAUUUUGGGAGAAACUUUAGAUAAUUCAGAAAUAAUUUUGGUUUUUAAUAUAUUUUUGCAGCCAUUUGUUAUUUAUUCAACAAUAUGGAUUGUCAUCUAUAGACACAAAAAAUUAAAUGUAAACUGUGAAAUCCCUAAAAACCAGUUUGACUUUGAAAGAAAAUUCAGGCAUUUACUUAUUGAUAAAUUUAAUGAAAAUAAAAUAGAAAUUUUGGAUUUAUUCAAAAUUUACUGAAAAAUGAAGAGGUUCGAGAAAAAUAAGAUUUUUGUUAUAUGAGAAUUUAAUUUUUGCUAUUCAAUAAUAAAAAAUGAAAGGUUAGCAAGAAUAAAGCUGUCAAAAAUUUCGAAAGCUAAAUAUUCAUUAGAAGGGGAUAUUCAAGAAUGAAAAAUAUACAAUAAACUAUCAGGAAAAAAGCACAGAAAACUCAGUGAUAUAAAUUUUUUAGAAUUUUUGCAAGAAUUUAAAAAGAUAAGAUAUAAAGAUAAAAAUUUAUGCAAUAUCGUUAUAAAAUUAUACAAUGAGUUUAUUUCAAAAAAGCCAAGUAUAGCAAAUUUGAUAAAUUUAGUUAACAAAACUUCUAAUAAUAUGAAUAAAAUCAAUGAGGGGUAUAAGAAAUUGAUUGAAAUACACAAAAAUAUAUAAUGCGUUAGAAGAAUUUCUUAAUGGGUUUGGUUUGACUAGACAUAAGUAAGUGUCUGAUGAAUAAAUUUUCAUUUAUUCAUCAAUAUAAAUAUGCCUAUCAAUAAAAUUUAUAUAAUUAAUAAUUCACUAUAGCACUGAUGAAUUAAAUAAUAAUAUUAUCAUGACUCCGAAGAUCGCAAAAGACAUAAAAAUGUUUUUUCUAAAGAUUUAAGUUCACUUUAUGUUUUAAUUAAUGAAAAAUUUCUUGGAAUUGGCAACAUUUUUAGCAUGUCAAAAUUAUUUUGUAUUUGAUUGCAAAAAAAAAAAUUAAUAAUAUGAUUUAUUUAAAAAUUUGCAUUUAAGUCGAUUAUUUGACAAAAUUAUAGGACAAGAAAUUUUUCUAACAAAUUAUAGAAGCUUAUGAAUAUUAUUCAAGCUUUCUUGAGAAUAUAAUAAUUAAAUUAAGAGUCUUAAGGUCUCUUAGAUUUGAUGCCUUCGCACGCUUGCGACCACCGGACUCUUGCUUGCCAGGGUAGCAUUGAAUCUUAAUUUAGGCUAUGAAGCUAUUUUGACGCCUACAGUGGUGCGUCAUCGGUAAGGACAUAUUUGUCGCCGCCACCAUAUUAAUUAUGAAUAUAAUAGGAAAUACUGAAGAAGCAGGCCUAAUAAAUAAAAAGAAAGAUGGAUUAAAUUUCUAUAUAAAAAGAAACGAAUAUGAAGCUUUAGAAAAUUAUGGUAAAAAUAUUGGGGUUAUGCUUAUUUCUUGUACAGAAUACGCUUUUGGUAUAAUCUCAUAUAUUAAUGAAACUGCUGCGCAAAUAUUGAAAACUUCUAUAGUAAACGCUAAAGGGUCUCCAUUAAACAAUUUUAUUCCUUCUCCUUUUGACAUUAUUCAUGAAAAAUCAAUGAAAUUUUUUUUACAAGAAUGCACUAUAGCAGAAAUUCCUUCUCAUAAAUCAUUAUUUUUUAAAGCAAGCAAUGAUUUUUUGGUAGAGUGCAACAUUAUGAUUAGACUGACUGCUUUUCACAAUAAUAUUUAUUUUUUAGUUUCUUUUAAGCCAAUACCUUCAAAUCGCCAAAUUGCUUUACUUUCUCAAGAAAAUAUUAUCCUCAAUCACUCAGAAUUAUUUUGCUAUUCAGUUAAAAGUACUGUAAAAGAUGCUAAAAACAUGCCGGCCACAAAUAUAAUUUCUUGUUUUAGCAUUUGAAAUAAUCCAAGCGAUAAUCCAUUCUUUUUCAAUAUUUUUGAUAGAGAAAUUUAGAUUAGAGGGAUUAAACUAGGAUUAUUAAACCCAUGGCUAGUGAGCUUCUUAAUAACGCAACAUGCGACGCUAGGGACUUAAGCCACCCACACCCUUUUCCUUCAGGGCCACAGAAAAGGUGACUUCAUCAGUCUAUCGGGAAACUCACCCAAGCCUACUGGACCAAAAAUUACAGCAAAGGACUCUCUUAACCAUCAGCAGUGCCAGGGUAUGAGAGAUCAUCCAAUGACUCCUUUUGGAACUACACCUGCCAUUGAAAGGCAGCAUAAUUCCUCCUCCAAAAGUGGCAGAUUGGUGUUACACCCGUUAGUCUUCUUGUCUAUAGAUUGAGGGGAAGCCCAGUCAGCCUAAACCUGCACCCCAAAAAUUUCCACCUACGAACUCGUGACCUUUGGCCAAAAUUUUGGGAUUUUUGUCGCUCCUAAAGCAGCAUUUUGCCAUAAAUGGUAAAAAUAAUAAUUUUUUGAUGGAGAAAUAGCACUUGUUUACAUGAAAACUAUUAUAAAAUCUACAUGUUUUAAUAUUUUGUUUGCUCUAUUUGACCAAGAAGAAAUUUUAAAAUGAAAAUCAGCAGAAAAUGAAAGCCAAUCAGAAUUUUCUCAAAAUAAAGAGGUCAAUGAUUUUUUAUGCAGAAAUCUACUACCAGAUAGCUCUAAACCUGUACAAUAUUUUCCCAGGAAUCUAGCCCAAAAUGCUUCUUUCUAUAGUGAAAAUAAUGCAAAAUGCAUGCAAUUUGAAAAUAAAAGAAUUGGCCUUCAAAUAGAGAGUUCUUCCAAGCAUUCUUCUUCAAGAAAUAGCAAUAGUAAAGACUCAAACUAUGCUAAAUGACUAUUAUUAAAGACUAAACAAAAAAUAAGCAUACUUCAAUGGGUUCUAUUUUUUAUGGUAAAUAUUAUUCAGAUGAUCUCAGUCAUCGUUACUAUGAUAGCCAUAUAGCUCACACACUUUAUUGAUCGGUCUUUAGGUUCAAACGUAAUGCUAAUAUAGUUUAUUCUCAAGCCAAAUUAAGAUGGCAACCACAUGCAAUUGGUAAAUUUGGGAGACAUAGGUUGAAUUUCAAUUUUUUGUUUUACUAAUUUUGACUAGGGAACUGACAAUAUUGGCUUUAAAAUUGAAUCUAAUGGUCGAUCUAUAAGGGCGCCAAAGCAUAUUAGCCUACAUAGUAAUAGAUGUUUCUCGAACAUCAAGAAUGAGCUCUCUUGGGCAUCUUGGAAAUCUGCUUUAUUACUUUGAAGCUGCAACAGAUUCUAUACGAACGCUUGACAAGGCUGCAAAAUCUAAUUUAUAUACGGAAGCCCAAAUGGAUAGCUUUGCUUUAGGAUUUAGCAGCAUUCUUGAUGAAUUAGAUAUUAUAAAAGAUGAUAUUUUGGAUGAUUUCAAAUUAUGGUCAUAUUGUGAAGCUUCUAAAAUUAUCCAAGAACCAAUAAUCCCGCUAUGAAAUUUUGACAGUGGUCGUCCUGUUAUUGGUUAUGAUAAUCUAUAUGACAUAAUUUCAAUGUUUAUUAUUACUGUAAUUAUUAUUUAGGGCAAGCAAGUGCUUAUUAUCUCUUUUCAUGAGCGAGCAAAAUUGUUUUCUUGUUUAAAGUGUGUCGAAAAAUAAAUUAUAUUAAUUUUUUUAAUUUCUACAAAAAAUUAGACUUUUUUCACGAUUUUGCUCAUUAAAGUUUGAGAAGAGUUAAUUGCCUAUCUUUAAAACAGGAUUUUACUUCCCAUACAAAGUUUUUAUAUUUAAAUGGCCUUUCAUAUCCAUUUGAAUAUACAAAUAUGACAACCAAUAAAAUUGUUAGUUGCGAACAAGAUAGAGUUAAAGUAACAGGGAUUUUUAUUUAUACUUUAAUUGUUGUAGGAUUGCUGAUACUUGGAUUUUUAGCUGCUAUUGUUUUUUUGUUUAUUAUUUCAGUAUCAAAAUCACAUGAUGAAUUUUGGAGAUUUAUGCUCAAUAAUGCUCGGCUUGCUAUGAUAAAGCUCAAAAAUUCUUCAAUUGAUCGAUUAAUGCUAUUUUAUGGAGAAGAUUGCAAUAAUGAAUCCAAUGUAGAAGUUUUAAAAAAUAUUCAUAGCACCCAUGAUGCUAAAUCAUCUUUGCACUGAUACUAUGCUUGAAGAAUAUUGAUAUUUUUUAUUAUAGCAGCUUCCUAUUAUUUUUUAACGUAUUUCUACAUCUAUAAAGACUGUGAAGAAAUGAUGAUUAAUAGACCUUUACUUUUAAACAAUUUUAACCUUCGGAGAGCCUUAAUUUCAAGAUUAAGUAUUUUUUCUAGGGAAACAAUGUCGCCAUAUAUGAUUUCUCUAUUUAAAACGUCAUAUGCUUUCCCAAAUCCUCAAAAAAUGGUAGAUAAUACUUUUGAGCAAUUCAGAGCAGAAUCAAAAGAAUUAAGAAAAAAUCAUUUUUCCAAUUUAAUGUCCAACUCCCCCCCUCCGUGAGUGAACAAGAUUUUUUUGUUCUCUCACGUUUUUUUUUUUUUUAAAACAAAUUAUAUAGAAAAUUUUUUAAAAUACAUUUUCUGAAUUCAUGGCGAACUCAGUUUGGCGCACAAACCCAUUUUGGACCUUCACCACAACCUCUUGCUGAAGCUUCAGACUAUGGAUCAGUGCAGUGGUUACCAUGAUUUGCUACAGCCUCAACCCCAAACAACUAUUGCUUUACAGGCAUGAAGAUAAUUAUGAAUAUGAGGAUGCAUAUGUAGAUGCAUAUGAAGAUGCAUAUGAAGAUGUAUAUGAAGACGCAUAUGGAGACUUUUAUGAUGAAGGAUAUGAAGAUGAGUAUGGAGAUGCGUAUGAGAUGCAUGAAAAAUUUUAUAAUGAUAAACUUGGAUAUAUAGUGAAAUUUGAUGAUGAACUUAGAGAUAAACAUGAGCAUGUGGAUGAGCGCCGAUGUGGUGAAGCUAUUGCUGCAUGUAUUGGGGAAGUCUACAUGAAGAUCACAUUGGAAGAAGUAAAGGUCACUGUGCUAAAAAACAUAGUGGCAAGUGUUUCACCCGCGAAGAAAGAAAAGAAAAAUGGAAGAUUUGGAGGGAAAAGGACAAAAUCACUCAUGAACUUGGUAAAAGAAAAUGAAUUGAGAAAGAAAGAAAGGGAGAAAAGCAAGACGAAUCUGAAAAGAAAAAUUAGAGGAACUGGAGAUAAUAAGGAACGAAGUAGGAGAUGGAAAUGAAGAAGAAUCUGGAAAAUGGAGAAAAUGAUGCAAUCAGAGAUUUUGACGAAGAGUAAUGAGAAAUAAAAGAUUAAGGCACCUCGGGUGCGAUAAAACGUAAAAAUAAUAAUAAUAAUAAUAAUAAUAAUAAUAAUAAUAAUAAUAAUAAUAAUAAUAAUAAUAAUAAUAAUAAUAAUAAUAAUAAUAAUAAUAAUAAUAAUAAUAAUAAUAAUAAUAAUAAUAAUAAUAAUAAUAAUAAUAAUAAUAAUAAUAAUAAUAAUAAUAAUAAUAAUAAUAAUAAUAAUAAUAAUAAUAAUAAUAAUAAUAAUAAUAAUAAUAAUAAUAAUAAUAAUAAUAAUAAUAAUAAUAAUAAUAAUAAUAAUAAUAAUAAUAAUAAUAAUAAUAAUAAUAAUAAUAAUAAUAAUAAUAAUAAUAAUAAUAAUAAUAAUAAUAAUAAUAAUAAUAAUAAUAAUAAUAAUAAUAAAUAAUAAUAAUAAUAAUAAUAAUAAUAAUAUAGAGAAUUUUUUAGAAUUUUUUUUUUCGAAAUUUUAAAAAAAAUCCUAAUCGCAAAAAUUGGAAAUCAAAUAUUAAUUUAAUUUAUAAAAAUUCAUAUUUUAAAACGCAAUUUGUUUAAAAUUAAACAGAAUUAGUUAGAGAUUUCAUUAUACUACUUAUCACUUAUAUAUCAAAUUUGUUUUCAUAGACAAUUUUUUGUUCGCUCACGGAGGGUGGGUUUUUGGUCUAAAAAUAGGGUUUUACCAAUGUAUUUGUUUGCCCACAGAGGGGGAGUAAAGAAUUAAAAGACAGAAUUUAUGAAGUCGCAGAAUCAGAUUCAAACGCAUUAAAUCAAGGAAGCUACCCUUUAGCUAAUGAUAUUAUUGAUGAAAUUUAUAAUCUUGUUUAUAAGCCUGUAUUAACAGCUAUAGAACACGAUCGAUAUUCUGAAAAAAUUACAGCAGUUCAGGAUGAAAUUUUGCAAGAGUUUUUAUUAGCUGACCAUGAUUCUAAAAGUAUCAUAAAUGGGCAAUUGAGCAUCAUUAUCAAUACAACAAUUGUGUAUUCAGUAGCUAUUAUUGUUUUAUUUUUCUCUUAUUAUUCACCAUUUUUUAUAGCGCAAUUGAGACAAAUUGACAGAUUUUUAAUGCUUCAUAAUAUUUUAAAAUUAGAAGCAGAAUAG